AUGGCCUGCACCAAAGUCCCGGAGCUGCCAGCACCCCAGCCGUCUCAGUUCAUCUCCGAAGGAGCUACAGCCGCUAGUGCCAAGGACCCCACUGGGUGCCAUCGGGUCUCAGUGGGGGCUGACCUGGAGUGCCUGGUCUGCCGGGAGCCCUACAGCUGUAGCCGGCCACCCAAGCUGCUGGGCUGCCAGCAUGCCUUCUGUGCCAUCUGCCUGAAGCUCCUGCUGUGUAUCCAGGACAACACCUGGUCUAUCACCUGCCCUCUGUGCCGCAAGGUCACUGCUGUCCCUGGGGGCCUCAUCUGUAGCCUUCGAGACCAGAAGGUGAUGAGGGCGCCGCUGACCCACCAUGGAUCUGAGGUGCAGCUCCAUCCCCAGGGAUUGGUAGCUUCUGGCACUUCAGCCGUGGGGCACCUCAAUUUAGUGGGAGAGGAUGAACAGGACACCAUGAGUGCGAACCGCAUGGCAGCCAGGCGCCUGGUGGCACACCUGCUCCUCCUGGUCCUGCUCGUUAUCCUCAUCCUCCCCUUUGUCUACCCUGGUGUCAUCAGGUGGGUGCUGGCCUUCAUCAUUGGCCUCGCCCUGCUGAUGUCCACUCUCUUCUGCUGUCACUCCAGCAGCCAGGGCAGCUGCUGGCUUUCCCCCAAGACUCUCCUCUGCAGAGAGAGGAAACAGAGCCAGAUCUCUUCAGUUGCCUGA